UAAUCUUUACUAGACAAGAGUCUCUUCACUGUUGGACAAGAAAAAGUCAAGACCAGUUUCAAACAGAAAACCUCUUCAUCCAAAAAUCUGGAGUAAGCUCAAGUUACUCUACAAGAAGGAUUGUACUGAAACAAAUAGAAGAGAGGAAAUCCUUAAGAUACGGAAAACAUCAACAAAUGAUCUCAAUCCAACAAGAGAACAAAUGAAGAUUAUGUGAAUGUAAGACAAUGGAUGAAUCUAGAAAACAUCAGCCAGAUACGAUUUUUCAAGCAGUCACAAGAGCAGGACAUACUGUGUCUGAGCUCCUGGAGGACACUGGGAAUUGCAAGCCGAUCAUGAACCAGGAGCUGAGCCUUCAUCGUCUCAGCACCUCCCUCUUCAGUGAGCAGCGGAAGCUGAAGCAUGCGUUGGACUGGGCUCACAGUUUCCUCUGCAGUGAUUCAGAGAUUCACCACGACUUAUGCAGAGCUGACAGCUUGAUAUUAGCUGAUGAAGAGCUGAGGGAAACACAGAAAAAGUCGCCUGCAUGUGAGCAUUCAUCUGCAGAUAAAUACCAUCAUCCAAGAUCCUGUACUACAGGUGCUGAUGAGGUAUUUAGAAGAGAAGGAGCAAGAGGAGGAGGAGGAAGAGGAGGGAUAAUGGGAAAGGUUUGGCACCCUGAACCAUCAAAUUAUGAGAACAGUGGAUCAAGUAAUCACAUUUCUGCAUAUAAAUCUCCUUUCUCAGAUGAUUCCUGCAUCCCGUUCUUCUUAUCCGCAGAGAGAGCUGAUGUAAGUUGGUCUGAUUACAGAGAAACUCUUGAACAUAUAAAAAGUAUAAAGCAGGAUGCAAUUAAUAAACAAACUCCUAACCAAGACACAGACAAAACAAGUGAUCUGCUCAUACCUAAUCAAAGACAACAGACCUACUUAUCAGCCAGAAAGACGAAUCAAACGUUUGCAUCAGAUGCAACGGGCUUGAUCAAAGACUCCACAUCAUGCUGGAGCAAUACCCGUCACAAGAAGACCAUGGUUCAGUCAGAAAGAGACAUAUCAGGACAUGAGAUGGAGAUGAGCAAAGUAAAGGCUGAGGGGAAGGUUGGAACAAAGAAGGAAGCUGUGAGGAUGGGGACAUUAAAUGAAGAUCAAGACUUUGCUUUUAUGACGUGUGUGAUGAAUGACUCAAGAAACAGUGAACCUGAGAAGACACAGGAACAGAUGGAAAAGUCUUCAAACCUCAGUUUUUGCUGUCAUUUGAAAAGACCACCAACUUUGACUGUAUAUGAGCAGUACCAACUUUAUAUGGAUCAACUGCAUCGCCUCAGAAUGAGACAAAGCCAACACAUCGAACCAGGAUGCUUCUUAGAGUCACCUGCAAAAGACAGAAAGAAGUCUGAAGAAGAAGCAGCUCUUCCUACAUCUGACUUUGAAUUGAACUCCUCCGCCACAAACACUGAGAUUAAAAUAUGUCUUAACAAAACGGUUACAGCUGCAGAAAUCACAAAAGAGAUGAGUUCAGACGUCAUUAACAAAAACCGGGGCAGUCCUAAAUACAAUAGAAGUAGAGCAACACUUACUGAACAAGGACAGACCAACGACUGUGACAAUUUGAAGGGAACACCUGCAGCCAUUUGUGCUGAGAGUGGACCUGUUUGUCAGAGGAACACUAGCAACACACAUUUGGACUUUCAUAGCAACAAAUGUGGAGAAUUGACGAAAGGCACUGCAGGAAGUCUAAUCUUGACUGAUAAGCCUAUUAAAACGCAUGCGGAGCACCUGCACACUGCACCUGGUGAUAAUGUUCCUACUGUGGAGGAGACUGCUGCACUCACACCUAACCCAGGUUUGAGAACUGGAUGUCAUCCAGGCAUAAAGGGUUGCCAGAGUCGUGUCAGAGGUCAAAAGAAAAAACCUGGUGUUCAGUGUGCCUUGUUGAGCCUCUGUGGAAGGUCACGCGUCUCCCUGUCGUCUCUAACCAACAAAGAAAUAUUGCAAAGACCUCGGUCAUCAGGAGUAAUCAAACACACAAAAAGACACACACCAGAUGACAAAGUGAAACCUUCUUCAGCCUACAGAGAUACACACAAAUAUCUGCAAUCUACAGAGACAGACACACCUUUUCAUGAUGACCCCAGACCAACGUUACCAACUCCAGGAGCAUAUCGAUGUGAACAGACUGACUGCAAAUACAGCCCAGCAGGUGUCUCUGUCCGUGUCCAAUGGUUGCGUCUACCUGAUGAGGUGUGGCUGUCCAUCCUGUCUCUGCUGCCUCACAGUGAUCUGUGCAAAGUGUUGCAGGUCUGCAGCCGCCUGCACACACUGGCCACUGAUCACACACUCUGGGAACGCGUGAGGAUUGAAAACUCCAACCUGACAGAGCAGUGGUUACUCUGUGUGAGCAGACGUCGUCCUCGUCGUCUGUGUCUGUACAGCUGCAGCGGCCUGUCUCUCACUUCCUGUGGCCUGGAGAUGAUUUUCACUCUGUGUAGAAACACUCUGCAGGAACUCAAGGUCACAAGUUGUACUGGUCCUGGUCUCCACGGUGACCAGAUGCUGCUUCUGAUUAGUCAGCUGUGUGAUCAUGUGACCAGUGUGGAUGUGAGCUGGAGUGGCGCAACAGACACAGGAGUGAAAGCUCUGGGUGACUGCUGUUCAGGGUUGCGACUGAAAUCUGUUGUCCUGAACGGCUGUCAUGUCACUGAUGACCCACUGAUCAAACUUGUCACGAGACACAAAGAAACUCUGUGCAGAUUGGAGGUGUUUGGCUGUCAGUUUCUCACUCCAUCCUGUCUACAGACAGUAUAUGAGGUGUGUCCUGGCCUCCAGCAUCUGAACAUCGGACAGGUGCCAAAAGUCAACGCACACUGUCUCGCAGUGAUGACAUUACAGCUCAAAUGUCUCAUUUCAUUAAAUGUCACUGGACUCCAGGCGGUUACUGAUGCUGCCGUGGACACUUUGCUUCAGAACUGUGUCAAACUACAGAGUUUAACCUUCAGUUCCUGUCCUGGCGUUACUGACAUGACACUGCACAGAAUCAGCAAAUACACAACUUGUAUCAGAUUGCUGGAUGUGAGUGGCUGUAAAGCAGUAACAGAUGCUGGAGUUCAGUCUCUGGCUUUGCGAUGUAGAAGACUUCAGCAGCUGGAUCUCAGCUCCACUGGCACAGGAAACAGAGGGGUUACUCUGCUGGCAAAUUACUGCAGCGGACACCUCCAUACUGUCAAACUCAGUUUCUGCCACAUCACCUCAGAGAGCAUACUAAAGCUCUGCAGACGCUGCAAGAGGUUGAAGGUGCUCCAUCUCUACGGCUCAGCUCAUCUCCCCUCCGAGAGGGAGAUCAGAGAGGUUAACACUACUGUUACAGUUUACCCUUUGUCCUGACUCUGCACACAAACAUCUGGACAACUGGACAGAUAUACACAAUGUAUAAAUGAUUCUGAUCCAAAUAAGGAAUCACAACAAGGAGGAUCAUGACUUAUAUUC